UAGCAAGCAGUACGCUACUUUUCAACGUUGUUGGAACACAAAGUCAUUCUAUCGUGCAUUUAUUUGCUGAAUUUCAAUCACUUAUCCUCUUAAGUCGAUUGUUUCCAUUCACAGAAUUGAAUAUUUAUUCAUAAUCUGCAUUUGAAAAUAGUGAUCAAGUGAAACACCUGCGGACAGUGAUUUGAACAUUAAAUAAAUAAAUAAAAUUUGUGAAAACUAUUAUAGUAAUUUGUUGAUGUUGUUGCUUCUUUGCGCAAUAUAUAUGAAAAAUGCUUAGUAAGGUUGUUUUUAUGGUGAACAUUUAAUUGUGAUUAGUUUCGGUUUCGAAAAUAAAAUUUUAAAGUGAAGUUGAGCUGUUUGGGAUUUGGAAGAAUUUUUUUCAUCUUGAACUUCUUCGAUAGUUCUCGAUCGUAAUCAUGGUUCGAUUAAAAUGCCAAAGCAAUGAAGGGAUUAUACAGUUCUUACUUGUAUCAUCAAUGCUACAAAUUGGCGCCAUAGCAGUAAAUGUAGACGAAAAAGAUUUCCGUUUCAUUUCAUUCCAAGACUUGCACCAAACAUCUGACCGCUUCGAAGAUGAGAAAUUUUCAUCUUUUUCACGAUUUCUGUUUGACGUUUCGCAUAAUCAAUUGGUGGUUGGAGCUCGCGAUGCUUUAUUUCGUCUGUCAUUCUCACUGGAAUUGUAUGAGAGCCGCGUUUGGGAAGCAAGUGACUCAAUUAUUGAAAUGUGUAAAACGAAAGGUGCUAGUGAUGAUGAUUGCCACAAUUACAUAAUGGUAUUACAAAGUUAUGGUAAUCAAUUGUACGCUUGUGGAACACAUGCUUUUAGUCCACAGUGCUCUUGGCGCCAAAUGGACAAUUUGAACAUCACGAAACUUGACAAAGGAGUGGCGAAAUGUCCAUUUAAUCCACAUGCCAAUAUAACUACGUUGAUGACAGAAAAUGGCAGUCUGUUUAUUGGUUCUUCUACCGAUUUUUCUGGCACCGAUCCAGCCAUUUUGCGAGCGGAUGUGUCAAAAAAGAGAGAGGACAAUAAGAUCAUCCGUACCGAUCAAUACAAUUCAAAAUGGCUGAAUGCUCCAAAUUUUGUUGGCAGUUUUGAAGCUGGAGAUUUUGUCUAUUUUGUGUUUCGUGAAGUAGCCGUCGAAUACAUCAACUGUGGAAAGAUUAUUUAUUCACGUAUUGCACGUGUUUGCAAAUCCGAUCCAGGUGGACAGCGAGGUAGUAGAGAUAAUUGGACAUCAUUUGCAAAGGCACGAUUAAAUUGUUCUCUGCCCGGUGAAUAUCCAUUUUAUUUUAACGAAGUUCAAGGAAUUGAAUAUUUAACGGAUGAAAAUAUUUUAUAUGCUACAUUCACCACACCACAAAACAGUAUCCACGGUUCCGCAAUUUGUGCGUUCAAUUUAUCGGCUAUAAAUUUGGCAUUCAGUGGUCCAUUUAAGCACCAAGAAACCACUUUAUCCACGUGGGAACGGAAAGACUGGGAGUUCCGUAAUCAAUUUGAGUGCAAAUUUAGUUCAGUUCCGUCAAUACGUCAUGAUCUUUUGAUGGGGUCACAUCGCUUCCAAUUGAUGAAUGAUGCCAUUCAGCCAAUUACAACUCAACCAUUGUACACAUCUGAACAAGAACGUUUUACUCAUAUCGCUUUGGACGCAAUUGCAACAAAACUUUACAAUAGAGUACAAAUCAUGUAUGUGGCCACAGAGGAAAAUUUGAUAAAAAAACUAUCGAUAUUACCGCGUACCAAGGAAACAUGUCUCAUCGAAAUUUGGCAACCAGUAAUUCAAGAAGAUUCGACCAUAUUGACCAUGCAAUUUUUAAAGCACACCGAAUCAUUGUACGUUGGAACUAAAAAAUCAGUUCUCCGAAUUCCAGCACAGCAUUGUAGUCGACAUUCGAAAACGAAUUGCAUAAUUGCGAUGGAUCCAUAUUGCGGUUGGAAUGAUUUGAAAGAAGAGUGUACAACUCCCCCAAAUGGAGAAACGUCGAAACGUUUCUGGGUCCAACAAGCCAAUGAAUGUCCCGUCACAACUAAAAUACCAAUUGACGGUGGAUUUUCUUCUUGGAGUGAAUGGAAGUUGUGCAAUCAUCACAGCGAUGAUAAUCGACACGAAUCCAGCAACAUUGACAAUUGUUUGUGUCGCACAAGAACUUGUGAUAAUCCAUCGCCAAAAAAUGGCGGAAAAGAAUGUAAAGGGGCAACAAUUAGUGUGACCAAUUGUACAGUGCACGGAAGGUGGACCGAAUUUGGGCCGUGGGGUCCGUGCAGUCAAACGUGUGGAAUUGCAGUAAAAAGUCGGCGGAGAUUUUGCGGUAAUCCGGCUCCGGCGUUUGGUGGACGAACUUGCGUCGGAUCGGACAGAAGUGAAAUGUAUUGCUCUAAUCUCCCGCCUUGCCCAGAGCCGAAAAAGCAAGCGAUUGUUGUUGACGGUGGUUGGGGUCCAUUCGGAAAGUGGUCCGAAUGUUCAACGCCCUGCGGAGGUGGAUAUCGUUUGCGCCGAAGAAUUUGUGAUGAUCCCUCCCCAGAAAACGGCGGCCUUGACUGUACAGGUUGUGGUGUUGAAUAUGAGAUGUGUAAUACACAGCCAUGUUUAGAAGUACAAAAGCUUGGACCAUGGACACCUUGGUUACAACAACCGAUGGCUAACUAUACCAAUAUCAAUGGCGAAUACCUUGAGAAGCGUUUCCGUUUUAUGUGCAAAUUGAAUGGAACCGAUGCAAAAGUUUUCAAAGCAAAAGAAGAAAGCCGAAUUUGCUCGGGUGGAUUUUGUCAUCGUGUUAGCGAUGAAAAUGGUAAUUUGGGUUUCAGUGAAUGGUCUGUGUGGAGUAACUGCUCUGCCCACUGUGGUGGGGGACAACAAUUCCGUACGAGAACAUGUGAGCGAAAUAUCUGUGAAGGAUCUACGAAAAUGACGAGAGCAUGUAAUACACAACCAUGCUUAAAGCUACAAAAGCUUGGACCCUGGAUACCUGAAGACAACUGGUCAUGUUGGAGUGAUUGGAGUCAAUGUAAUGAGGACGGCGAAAGUAUGCGAACGAGAACGUGUCUAUCAUCACAUACAGAUUCAAAUAUAUGCCAUGGAAACGAUCGCGAAAUUCGAUCAUGCGAUAAUUAUUUAACAAAUGAAAUAUCGACAGCUGGACCAUCGUCGUAUUUGUUAAUCUUUUUAAUAGUGUUGCUCUCGUGUUCAAACUGUUUCAUCUAUGUGUAUAUGAAAAGACGUUAUGGUUCACCACGAGAAAUAAAAAAUAUCGGAUCGCCAUGUUUUGAUUCAUUUCCAAACCAAUAUUCAAGUUUACCGACAAGAGAAGAUAGACCAAAGGUGAAGCGUCAGUCAUCGUUCAUUGGUACAAAUGGAUCGCACGUAAAACUAUUGUCAAAUGGCACAUUAACAAAAUCAAAUAACGUGAGUGGUCAUAACAUGCCAAAAGUGUUAUCAAAAUCUUUUGUUGAAGUUGACACGGCAACAAUAAAGCGCAAUUCACAUGGACUAAAUAAUUUGCGGCCAAUACGCAGCAUUGAUGAUGACAAAUUUUAGCAACAGAAAAAAAUAAUUGAAAAAGUCUGAUUUUGUCAAAACUACAACGAGUUCACAAAAUGUUUAUUAUCCAUAAAAAAACAUAGCGAGAUAACUAAUCUAAUCGUGAUUUAAAUGAAUUAACGAGUAAAAUUGUAUUGUUAAAAAAGACGUCCAGCUACUUAAGAUGCAACAUAGUUGCUUUAUUUGUUUAAUGAAAUAGAGUAUUCGUCUAACAAAGAUAAUAAUUUGUGCCAUCCAAUUUCUACAUUUUAAAACAAUUUUUUUAGAAGUAUUUAAUGUAUUAAGAAUCUAUGAUACGUAGAAUAUGUGACAAAUGUCAUACUUCUUUUGUUGUAGCUCAUAUUGAGCCAAAAUAUAAACUUAUACAAUUUUAAAAUAGUUUCUACUUUCGUUUCGG